AACCAUUUGAACCACUUUGUACACAACCAUUUGCUCUAUUGAACAGCUCACUGUCUAUAAAUGACCUCUUUUCAAAUGCUUACGGAAUUGUGACCUUCAGUUUAUCUAUGUGAUGAGUUAUGGUCAGCACGGAAUAUUCCAAAAAGGAUUUAUCAUAGUGCUAACUAUCUAUGUGAUCGAUUGCCGAAAUACAACCUGCCUUCUUAACAAUCAUUCAGUUGCUGAAUUGGUGUUAGAAUCUACCGACUUGAUAAUCCACGAAGGACUGUUAAAAUUAUGCCCAGAAAAUACAUCUCUUCUUUUCGUCACCAGUUAUGUGGUUUCCGGCCCUCGAGUUUUGUCCCCUGGGUUUUUAAGGAGUUCCAUCUUACCCAAAUUAAAGGAGCUAUUUAUCAGUGAUAUUCAAUUGGAAAUUCCAAGAACUGAAUCGUUCAACAAUAUUUCUUCUAAUCUAAUAACGUUGUCGAUUACUAAUUGUAGUAUACAAUCACUGCCACGUUUUGGCAUGUUAUUGGGCCUUGCCAGCCUUCAAAUACUUGAUUUAAGUCUCAAUAAGUUGAGUCGAUUGCCUGUUGAUACUUUUCAGUAUUCAAAAAGUCUGGCCUUCGUAAAUCUUUCUCACAAUUUAUUAAAUAUUUUACCCAGCCUGCCGCAUCCGCUUCAAGUUUCUGUUUCUGACAAUCCUAUCGCAUGUUCCUGUGUUAAUUCUAGGUUGUUAUUAAAAGGCCACUUUGAAGGUCUUCCAUUUUGUGACCCAUGGCCCUCACCCUGUGGACCAACGUUGAAUACUGGUAUAUAUUUAAGUCCACCUGGGUCUAACGUUUCGUCUUUUGGUGAUAACUCUUUUGUUUCCGUCCUUACAGGGCAACGUCUUUCUUUUAUUUGUAAUGUAAAUUCUGAUUUACCUUAUGAGCUUUUUUGGGUUUCGCCUGUUGGUGUAAUUUCCCUUUCCACCAUUAAAUCUGAGGUUAGCACAUAUUCAGUGUAUUACGUCGUUCAACCUAUUUUAGCCCCAACAGUGUUACACAUAACGCAAGUUAAUGAUACAAUAAACUCAUUAGAUGUUGAGAACACAAGAGGAUAUUUGAGUGGAAAAUGGUUGUGUGUUGCUCAUUCUGCAGAUGUUACUAGUCACUCUACACCCAUCAACAUCAAAGUUGUUUCCAGUUUAUACUAUGGACAAAUAUACUACAUGUCGCUUUGCUAUGGGUAUGGUGGAAUGAUCCUGUUAUUAUUAGUUGGUAUAAUCGGGGGUACAAUCAGAUACUGUAGCGAGACUCAUUGUCUCAGACGUCGUCAGCCAUCCUAUGCAUUUAAGGGUAAAACCUAUGUUGGUGUUAUCCCGGUUCCCGAAGUAGAAUGUGUAGAAACUUCGCAAAAUUUUAAAGCUGCUGAUAAGAGACUUGAAAUCCCACUGCGAAACCCAGGAUGGACUUAUAAUAGAUAUUUUGGCCCAACUACUCACUGGAAGUGCAACACAUGCAGGACAGUUCAUUUCGCCGAAAAAGUCCAGGAAAUUGAAGAAGCCGGUUUAUUAUUCGCAGCUGGAAACGUACCCGUAGGCCGAUUAGCUCCUGAUGGUGAAAUAGUCGUUAUAAAUACUAAUGACUCAAACAUAGAACCUAUUGCUCCAAAUGAUAUUAUGCAACCUACUUCAGGUGAUCAUAACUCCGAGUUGAUGGAAACUCAUCAGCCGCUUAUGAAUGGUUCUAAUUUGAGAUCUGGUGAAGCUAAUAUUCAUCUCAAUCGCCCUCAAAUAUGUAAAUAUGAAGUUUAUGUACGGUCGGGGAAUUGUGUAAUCAGAGUCCGACUGGACAUAGAUAAUUCUCAUUCCUUUGACACUUUUUGUGUUCCCUGUCUCCCUCGUCCAGGGAGUGCGGACGUAAAGUUAGUUGUAUCAAACGAAAAACUUGCACAAGAAUAUCGUGAAGCAUUGGCUAGUUUAGCUCAAGCCGUCGAAAACCCUGAUCCCGCACACUUUCGUGAAAAGCUCGAAGACUUCCGGAGCAGACUUUGUCGUGAUGUUGGUCAUGGGGUCAAAAUUUUGCGCGGUGAAUUUCAGGACCUGAGGGCUAAGUCUGCGAAAAGUGUUGCAUCUCUUCGUAACCAAAGCUCUGUUGCUGCACAGCGCAUGCGAGCAGGGAUCUCUUACGGAGUGGAGCAAAUGAAAGACGGUAUGCGCAGUGUUGCUGAACUUUGUGGGGCCUCAAGGACAAUAGGUCAAACUAUAUCAGUUGUAAGUGUGUAUUUAGAUGAAAAAGAUCAAAUUAAAAGGGAAAAACAUAUUUCUGAUUUUGUAUUUUAGUUUUGAUGUUCUGUUUCGUUAUAUUUCUGUUUUACAAAUACAUAUUUAUAAUGCGUGAUUGUUUGUACCUUCGUUGAUUUAUGAUUUGAUAUUUUUCGGGUCUCUGCUUACUGUUUAUCUAAGGAGUUAUUUUGUUUCACCAUAAAUAUAUUACGCGUGAUAAUCAGAUGUCUUUAAGAAACCAAGGUAGAUCACUUAAUAAGAUUGUGGAUAAUUUCAGGUGGCGUCAACUAUUAUUAAAGGUACUUAGAAACUUCACCAAACCGUAAUUGCAAACGAUGAGGAUAAAAGUAGUGUAUUCAAAUUAAGAACAGUGAUUGAUCCUUUGUUGUUUACUAAAGUAGUCUAUACAGCUUUGCUAAAAAAAGAUUCACGAUUCGUAAAGGAUACAUAUAAGUCCUGAUUGAACACUCAUUAAUUCAUAUUCCAUGAUUUUAAGAGGAAUGUCCGUUCAGUAUAUCAGUUUGGUAAAACAGUUAUUGUGUUUUCGAGGUCAACAGAUGUAUGAUGCAAUAGGCUAUCCAGGCGUUAAGAAAAGGACCAAAGCAAAUUAUUUAGAGUUUAAAAGAACACAAUCAUUUUGAAAUGUCUUGAUUUUAGUAAAAGGAAAGAGAUUACCAGAUAUAUACGGUGCUUUGAACAGGACUUCUAUUUAACAAAUAGUAAUUAUUUGAAUUUACCAGCAAACAGCAUUUGUUUCAGGAUUCAGGUGUUCUGUUGUUAAAUAUGGGUGAAAUCGAACUCUCAUAUGCCCGUUGAGGUUUUGGCAUUAACCCAGACUACGGAUAUAUUUCAUAAACAUUUAUAGAAUUUAAAACCCGUGAUAAAUAAAAACAUAUCAUUAGACAUGAUAAAAGCCAAGAGGUACCCACCCUAAUAAUUGGUAUGUCGGCACAAUACGCGGACGUAAUAUUUGAAUUGUAAUCACAGUAUAUUGUUUUUAACUUUAAAAAUCAAAUUAUAGGCAAAACAGGCAUUCUUACUUUUUAUGACGCGAAGGGUUAUGUACUUGACUAGCAAUUUUGCGAAAUCGCCUAUGGAUAUCUCGAAAUUGUUUUGAAAAACCACUUAGUGGUGGCUGGUCUUUAACAACUUUAAUUAGUUAAUUAUAAUAAUUGCUAUCCUUCAAAAUAAGUUUUAGUAGAAAGUUUCUGAAGGUAGGAGUUUAUAUUUCAGCUUAGAAUCUGAUCAGUCGAAUUAUUUAUGAACCUGCUUAGUUCUGAAAUCCCUUCAAAACUCUCAGAUUAGAAGCAUAAUCUCAAUGCUGGGCAAUCUUAGACUCCGCCUCGCGCGUGAGACAAAGUACAUUACAUUUGAAGUAUUACCAAUAUAAAGCACUACGACUUACUUGGGAAUACAAUAGACUUUUAUGGAGUGCUAACCUGAUUCGUAUGGCUAUAGCUGUUUUAACUAAACAUUAUAUAGUUAGCUGUAAAGUUUGCGACCAACUAAAGAAUAUGCUAGAAGCCUAUCAUGUAAGUGAACCAUUUGGUAACUUUGCAUUAAAUUUCUUGUUAGCAUUGGGGUUUAUCUAAUCAUGUAUUAAAACUGAUCGCAUCUAUACAUUUACAUUGUAAAGGAGGCCAAUCAGUUAAGUUGCUGAAAAGUAUUACUUGGUGUGCUGAUUUGCGAUCGAAUAACCUAAGUGUUGAUGCCACCGGUAGCCUAGGCGAGAUUUCUGUCUGCUAACCGCAGGAUGAGUGUACUGCUUAACAGUUCGUUCUGUUCUAUCUUGUGGCUGUGAAACAUAGCUUCUAAAGAUAGAUUAAACAGGAAAGUAGGAACACGGAAACAUAGGGACACACGCCGUUGUCUUAUUGUCGUAUCUGCUCACGCUCUUAAUGACUGCAGUUUGAGUGAAGUAAAGGACUAGUUUUACAGAAAGAUUUCUUCUCUACUACAAAACGCCGAACGUUCAGAAAUAUCAAUAGUGACAAGAUUAAAUACUCAAGUAGCUAGUUGAAGAUAGUCUGUUCUACUUUAUGGGUGUGAAGCAUGGCCACUAAGAGUAGAUGUCCCUAGGUUGUUAGUAUUCCACGAUAAGUGUCUUUGAACUAUUGCUCGUGCAUUUUGGGACUGCCGAAUAAGAGCUGCUCAGGUUAGACGCAGAGUAUUUGGUAGAGGUGGGUAGUCGAGGUAGUAAAUCUUCAUCAAACGAGGUGGUCGAAACUCGUGUUACGUAUGCCCAACGACCGCCUACAUUGACGGGUGAUGAUGGUUGGUGUAGAAAUAGGUUGGAAGGAAGCUAAGGGUAGCCAAAUCUCAACGUUCAUCAGCUCAUUGACUAUUAGACUGAACCACUUGGGUACGUACAGAUUGCCUAUUUGGGGUCCGCGUAACUACCGCAAUCAAUGGGUAGAAUUGAAACGUCAGGAUAGAACAGAUGUACUCACUAUUUAUUUCCUCAAAGUCCCUGAAUCCCGAAAUCUUAAGACUUAUUUCUUCACUUAACGUUUACUACUACUCUGGGAUUCGGCUUGAUAUCCUUAUUUCAAUACACUAAUGUAGUGUGACAACUUGAGUUGACGCACGUUGCAACGCAGGACGAGGCACAUAUAUGCAUCGGUCCGAGUUGCCACACCCCAUUCGCAGAACAAGAUGAACACCGGAUUCAUAAGAGUAGUUACUUCAAUGGUGGUAAUAUAUAAAAAAAAGAUUUCAUAUAAGGAUAGUACU